AUGUCAACGAAAGCGCCUCGAAUUCCAGCGUCGACAUGGGACGGCUACAGGGAAGAGAUCACUGCUCUCGAUACUGAUCCGGACGGGACGUUGGAAAAGGUGAUGGAUACUAUGAAGGAAAGACACGGCUUUGUACCAACCAAGAGCCAGUAUCUUACGAAGUUGAAACAUUGGGGUUUGCGGAAAUAUGCCAAUGCCCUUUACUACACGUAUGCAGACCAGAAGAUAAAGAAGAGAGCCCUGGAAGGCAAGGGUACCGCCUUCAACAUUCGUGGGAGGAAUAUGUCAUGUAAGGACAUGGAAAGGGAGAUUGGUCGAAAUACGACCCUUAGCAGUCGUCUGCAACAUACGGAAGAUAUUCCUACCCCUGAAGGUGUACAAGUAUUCACUCCUAGUUAUGAGGAAUUUUCCGAAUCCAUCACACCUGGGGCGAACAUUGCGAACAUUGACAACUUGUCGGUGUCUAGCUUACAAAAGUAUUUUCAAGCCCUCACUGUGCACAUGCCCCCCAAUAAUAUCUUCCAGUCGACCAUUCAUAAUAUUCGAGACUUGCAAACGAGCCAACUCGAUGACCUACACAAUCCACAAUUCGGGGUCAAAUUACUUCAAAUGGCUAUCGGGGAUGCCUUGAAGUUUGAAGGCUUGGACAUGUUCAUUUUCAUUCAAGAUCCUGAUACAGGCAAGCAACAGCGUCGAUAUAUCUCUUCUUAUUUCCCCCCCAGUGAUACCGAAAAUGGCGCUAUCUGGUCUCCAGAUGGGUAUAUGGGUCUUGUCAUUGCUGCAGAAGCAGGGAAUCUAGAAGCCGUGGACAUGCUUUUGAAAGCAGGAUCAUCAGUCAAUGAAUAUAUGAAAGACUACUUUGGGACUCCGUUACAAGCAGCAAUACACACGGCGCAGUUUAAAAUGGCCAAAUUUCUGAUCGAAAAUGGAGCAGAAGUCAAUGUUCCGUAUGCUGAUCAGAACAAGCAUGACUGGUCAAUCACUUAUAAGUUGACUACCAAGAACUGGGAAAAGCACAACUGCGUCGCCAAAACGCCGAUUCAAAUUGCUUGCGAGUUGGACAAUAUUCCAAUGGUUGAGCUACUGUUAGGCCAUGGAGCGCUUGUUGACCGCUCUCCACUCUCUCAUUUGAAGGCCGAAGAUAUGCCCGAGACUGCAGAUCUCAAGUCCAUAUAUGAUGACUCGAUUUGCUAUUCUCCAAAUUACCAGACCAUCCCGUAUCAUACUGCACUCCAAUACAGCGUUCAAAACAGAAACAUGUUCCUCGUACGCCGCCUUCUCUCAGAAGGUGCUCAUCCUGACUCAAGAGUCCCAUCCAACUGGGGAGAUACGCCAUUGCAGACGGCUGCUCGAUUGAAUUUUCCGGAGAUAAUUUCGGUGCUCAUUGAGAAAGGGGCCGAUAUCAAUGCCCCUCCUGGAAGGAUAAAUGGCAGAACAGCUUUACAGGCUGCGGCUGAAAGUGGAAAUUUCGAAAUGGUGCAGCUACUCCUAGACAUGAAUGCGGAUGUGAAUGCCCCUGCGGGAUUCAAAAGGGGAUUGACUGCUCUACAAGCAGCCAUCAAAAACGACCAUUCUGAGGUUGCGGCGCUGCUCUUAAGGUCAAAUGCUGAUAUCAAUGCUCCACCAUCAGAAAAGGAGGGUCUGUCAACCAUCGGCGCUGCAAUAUCAGGAAAGAACAUAUUCUAUCUUGAGUUCUUAUUAGAGCGUGUGUCUGGAGAUACUAUCCUCGGUGGCAUGCCUACUAUCUGUGCAGCAGCGAAAUUUUGCUGGGUCGAUGGUGCUCGUUACCUUCUGAAACUCGGAAAUAAUGUUAACUCCUACUAUGUCGGAUUUCUUCCAAGUAGUCGACACAUUUGGGACGCAAUCAGUGCCUUGACCUGGCCGAUCGCCAGUCAAAACUUAGAAAUGGUGAAACUGCUUCUGGAUUCGGGUGCAGAAGUCAACCCCCGUUGCCCCAGAACGCCAUCCCUCUCCUCCUCCUCCUCCUCCUCCUCCGACACUCUUUGUUUUGCAUUAGAACAAAGAUGUCACCAUGAAAUCAUUUUUUUGCUAUUUCAGAAGUAUGCUGAGUUGGGCCAUCUAUAUCUCCAUAAAGAGGCUGUGGCUCUGGGGGUGACUUACGUGUAUGACAAACAAGGCAGCACUGUGAUAUUGAGAUUGAUACAACGCAUCAUGUCCGACCUUCCUGAGAAAUUACACUCGAAAUACAUUCUUUACGCAUGGAGCCAGUUUUCUAUCCACAUAACCCAAAAUGGUAAGGAUGAUAUCGAGGAAGAUCACCUGAAAACGAUAAUUGAUUGGCUAUUGGAAGUUGGUGCUGACGUGAAUAUCGUCGAACCAUUUGAUAAUACGACCAUGUUGAAAAUGGUAGUCAAGAGCGGGAAAAUGAAACUGAUUAGAUAUCUACUCAAGAUUGGCGCAGAAAUAAAGGUACCGGGUUGUCACUGGAUGGACUCCGCUCUCUUCAUGGCGAUCAAAUCUGGGGGAUAUGAGCUCGCACUCUUUCUGCUGGAAAGAGGCACUAUCAGAGGCGCUUCUAGGGCACUCGCAGUAGCGGCAAGGACAGGUAAUAUUAGAAUUGCAGCAGAGCUUCUUCGACGCAGAGCACAUGUCCCUGCAGUUACUCCACUUUCAUAUAACACAAUGGCGAUAAACAACGCUGCACUGUUUGGCCGAGAAGACAUGCUGCAACUACUCCUGGAUCAUUAUGGUGGUCUUCACGAUUUGUGGCAAGUCUGUCAAGAAGCAGCAACUCAUGCAGAGAAAUUCCGUCAUCCGGAGAUCGCUGAGUGGCUUCGAGGAUAUGCAGUUCCAAUGUAUAAGAGCGACGCACAACCUUGA